UUUAUUAAGUCGGGUUAUAUAAAUGGAAACGUAUAUGACAUCACAAGAUAUGUUAGGGAAUACAUUAGGUUCACUUCCUUUGCUCUAUCUGGUCAAUAACUGGUGACAUCAUGAUGUGCUAGGAUGGCUGAAUGCUCAGCAGGAAGCAGUUUUACCGCAGAGGUCUUAUAUCAGUAUUAGAGAAAAUCAAAGUAAACAGCUCAGCAUCCAGUCGAGCUCUUUACCUCAUGAAGAGGUCAAAGAUAGUAUCACUUCAUGUUCAGAGAAGCAAGUGCACUACGAAACUUACAAGCAGAUAAAAUCAGCUUCAUCUAAGAAGACACCCGGAAUUUCAAAAACUCAGAUCUAUGAGAAACUCCUCAAGCCCUUCAAGCACCAGAAAAGAGUGGUCACGACUCCUGUUACCCACAAAGAGACAACCGUCUACAUCUGAAAGUACGAAGGGUGCGACAAAGAGUACACAAAGAUCUGGAAUCUGCUCGACCACGUCCGCAUGCACGAAGGCAUCAAGCCGUACCAGUGUGACUCUUGCUCGAAGUCGUUCACGCAGAAGGGGAACCUCAAGAAGCACAUGAAGCAGCACCAGCUGAAGACUAUACGCGAGAGAAAGAGAUUCGAGUGCAGAAUUUGCAAAAAGAAAUACACUGAGAAGUACAACCUCAAGGCUCAUAUGAAAACUCAUGACAAAGCUGAAAGACAGAGAGGGACACCAGCUCAACUCUCAUAA